AUGUCCACUGCAACUGAAGACAUCUGUCCAAAGAGUGGCCACGUGUUGGGUGAGUUUGAGUGGAACAACACGGUUCCGUUGUCGAAGGCUCCGGACGCAUUACUUGUGCAGACCGGAUGCUGUUACGAGGAACGAGGAUCGGGCCACUUAUAUGCAGAAAAUCGAGAGAGCAUAAUUGCAAUGAUGAGUGAAAGAUUGAAAGGCGUUCGUUUGGUUGGUGAUGACCCAUCAUUGGCGCUGCGCGCGGAUGAUGGUGCGACGCAUUCACUUCAGAUGAGCACUAAUGAUUAUGGCACGACGUUUGUCGGCCUCCCAAAUGGUACGCACCAUGUUGAAGUGAUGAAAGAUGGAAAAAUCUAUGCAGAAUUCAGCGUUCAG